CUGGCGGUGCGCGCUGCCUGCCGGGGAUUGUUAAUUGUCGUCGGAUUUUGCUAUAUCAAAUGCAAGGAUUAUUAUUAUUAUUAUUAUUAUUAUUAUUAUUAAAAAGAACCACGCUUCUUCACCGUGGCUCGGCUCGCCAUGGGCCGGUGGCAGGUUUGCGCGGCGGCUGCUGCCUUCGGGGCGUCGUUCUUUGCCCUGAUGGGUCGAGACGCUUUCGAUCCCGGGUCCCUCUCGGGCACCCGGGUCCUUCUGACAGGUGCCAGUAAAGGAAUAGGGGAGCAGCUGGCGUAUCAAUAUAGUGGAUUUGGGGCCGAUCUGGUGAUAACAGCACAAAGAGGAGAUGCUUUACAGAAGGUCGCGGAUAAGUGUUUGGAGCUGGGGGCAAAGAACGUCCGCUCCAUUGCCGCUGACAUGGCAGAUCCGAGGAAUCCCAAGAGAGUUGUGCAGUUUGCUCUGGAGAAGCUGGGCGGUCUGGACUAUCUGGUUCUGAAUCACAUAGGGGCCACCCCUUUCCAGAUGUGGGACAGGGACUCUGAGCACACACGCUGGCUGAUGCAGGUGAACUUCCUGAGCUUUGUGGAGCUGGCGGGCGCUGCUCUGCCCCUCUUAACCAAAAGCAAUGGCUCCAUCGUUGUCGUCUCCUCUCUCUGCGGGAAGAUCGCUACGCCAUUUACCGCCUCAUAUUCAGCCACCAAGUUCGCUUUGGGCGGCUUCUUCACCUCCCUGCGACACGAGCUGGCCAUGCAGCGGAAACAUGUGUCCGUCACGCUCUGCUUCCUCGGGCUGAUCGACACCCAGUCAACCCUCGAGAAAAUCCAGGGGAUAUUGUCCAUGCAGCCAUAUCCAGCCUCCGACUCUGCCCUGGCCAUCAUCAAAGGUGGGAUGACCAGAGCGCGUGAGAUUUACUUCCCCUGGUGGGUUGAUUUAGUCUCCAAGCUCCAUGACUGGUUCCCGGAGGCGUCUGAUCAAAUGAUUCGCAAUGCCUACAACUACAGCGGUUGACAUGUAAAGAGGAAGAUGAUAAGUGAAGGUUAUUGCCAUUCACCGUCCCUAUGUGUGUGUCGUGUGCGUGUGGCGAUAAAGGGAACCUUUCUCUUCUGUUUACUUCUUUUCUCCUUCUCCUCCCCCAAGCCACUAAUAGGGAACCUGCUCUUUGCAGUUUGUAGGAUAUCAGAAAGUUACCGCACAGAAAGAGCUCAUUUGUCCCACAAAACUUGUGCUGAGUGGCCUGAUAUAACCCCGCCCUCCUGCUCCCUUUCCCCGGACCCUUAGCAUUCCCCUUCAUCAGAAAUCAAGCUCAUUCCCUUUUCAGAAGAAGACUCGGCCUCAAACUACAUUGUUUUUCACAACCUCGUCCCAUCCUCAUCCUCACCCGUCACUCUUCGUCUGCUCAGCAACCCAGUGUACAAUGGCUCCUGGAUCCUGGGAUGGAAUUGGGGCUUUGUGUAUGUCCUAGAAGGGCAGGAAGUUUUUGUAAACUCACUGAUAAAUGACACUGCAGACUUGGGCACUUGGGUCAACUUGGGCAUUCAUUCCAAGUCUACUCCCUGGAAGCAUCUUUUGAGUACUCGGGUGUAAUGAGCCAUUGCGUCCACAGGGAGGCACUGUGAUCUGCUCCAGUUAAACAAUUCCUUUUUUUCCGCACAGAAGGAGACCAUUGUUCCAUUUCUUGUCUGUUUUUUUUCUAAGUCGUCCAUUUUUAUUAAUCCUACUUUCCAGCUCUUUCAUCUCUUAAUCCCUUAAUUCUUUGACUGCUCAGGGACUAAUCCACUUCCCCUUUGCAUAAAUCUCUUGAUGAUUCAUGGUUUAUUGGAGCCGAACAAUUAAAUAAAAUCAUUUAUUUCAAUUCU